ACGGGCCGCCUGCCUCCAGCUUCCUGUGCGGUAGCCGCCCCUGCGUCGGCGCCGUUCCUGGGCUCCCGGGCUCUGCGCAAAGCCCUGGCCCUGGCGGCCGGGACAUGGGACGGGGGCGCAGGGUAGGGCGGCUUCCCUCAGUGCCGUGACUCCACCGGUUUCAGCAUGAAGACCCUUAUAGCCGCCUACUCUGGGGUCCUGCGAGGUGAGCGACGGGCCGAGGCUGCCCGGAGCGAGAGCUCUAAUGGAGGAUCUGCACUAUCACGAGAGGGGUCUGGGAGAUGGGGCACUGGCUCCAGCAUCCUCUUUGCCCUCCAGGACCUCUUCUCCAUCACCUGGCUCAAUAGAUCUAAGGUGGAAAAGCAGCUACAAGUCAUCUCGGUGCUACAAUGGGUUCUGACCUUUCUCACGAUGGGAAUGGGCUGCAGUGUCAUCCUCAUGUACAUGUUCUGCACUGAUUGCUGGCUCAUCUCUGUGCUCUACUUAACGUGGCUGGUGUUUGACUGGAACACGCCCAAGAAAGGUGGCAGGAGGUCAAAGUGGGUCCGAAACUGGGCUGUGUGGCGCUAUUUUCGAGACUAUUUUCCCAUCCAGCUGGUAAAGACACACAACCUGCUGACCACCAGGAACUAUAUCUUUGGAUACCACCCCCAUGGCAUCAUGGGCCUGGGUGCCUUCUGCAACUUCAGCACAGAGGCCACAGAAGUGAGCAAGAAGUUUCCUGGCAUAAGGCCCUACCUGGCCACACUGGCUGGCAACUUCCGGAUGCCAGUGCUAAGAGAGUACCUGAUGUCUGGAGGCAUCUGCCCUGUCAACCGGGACACCAUAGACUACUUGCUUUCAAAGAAUGGGAGUGGCAAUGCCAUCAUCAUUGUAGUCGGGGGUGCGGCUGAGUCCCUGAGCUCCAUGCCUGGCAAGAACGUGGUCACCCUGCGGAACCGCAAGGGCUUUGUGAAACUGGCUCUGCGCCAUGGAGCCGACCUGGUUCCUAUUUACUCCUUUGGGGAGAAUGAAGUAUUCAAGCAGGUGAUCUUCCAGGAGGGCUCCUGGGGCCGAUGGGUCCAGAAGAAGUUCCAGAAGUACAUCGGCUUUGCUCCGUGUGUCUUCCAUGGCCGAGGCCUCUUCUCCUCUGACACCUGGGGGCUGUUGCCCUACUCCAAGCCCAUCACCACUGUUGUGGGCGAGCCCAUCACCAUCCCCAAGCUGGAGCACCCGACCCAGCAGGACAUCGACCUGUACCAUGCUAUGUACAUGGAGGCCCUGGUAAAGCUCUUCGACAAACACAAGACCAAGUUCGGCCUCCCGGAGACCGAGGUCCUGGAGGUGAACUGAGCCAGCCCUCGGGGCCAGCUCCCAGAAGGAAGCAGCUGCAAUUCAUUUUCUACCAAGUUCUCCCAGUGCUUUUUGUUCUGUAAAUUUGGAAGUGUCAUGGGUGUCUGUGGGUUAUUUAAAAGAAAAUUAUAAUACUUUUGUUAAACCAU